GGCUGGUCAGAGACAAACAUAGAACAGAGUCACAUACGGCUGGAGUGUCAAAGCGGCUCCCGGGAGUCCAACGCUCGAAUCCUUCGUCCCAAACCUAUAUCCGUGAUUAUUAUUCAACCGUCCUACUCCGUAUAUUGUACUCCGUAAUGGAGCGGUCUGUGGAUGUGCGUACAUGCCGACCCAAUUGCCACCAUCCCAAACUGGUUGACCAAGUAUUCAUCCCGGCCGUCAGGGGGUACUCAAUCCCUGACUUGUUUCAAGUUGUCACCCUUCCAAGAAGUGGCCCGCACUGCUGCGUCUCAGAUUGCCAAUUUCCAGGAUAUUCCAAUCGCUCGCGCCCCGUAAUGGGAAGCUGGGGGUGUUUGGCCCAUCUCAUGUCACUCAACUCACUCAAAAGGCCUCCCAGCCCAAGGAUCAACGUCGCAUCGUACAUAGUAGCAUCGGGAGGCUGCCAUCAGGCGCCACAACCGCGCAUCAAGGCUGAAAAGGCCGGAAACACGGCCGACAGCGGGCAAUACCGCCGCCUGGCUAUAGGUCAUAGCGGCAAUGCCAACAGCCGGAAUGAAUAAUCGCCGGGUUUCGUUCUUCUGGGCGUGGGUGCGAAAGAGUCGGUCAGCGUGUUGGUGGAUGAGCGGACCAGGUGACGACGACAAACCGACUGAU